AUGCAGCGAGAGAAUGAUUGCGGCUCCCCAUCUUCUGCCGUUUACAGAGACUGCGAACCGUUUGUUUACGUGUGUAGGUCGAGCCCGGGAUGCGAGGAGGCGGUACUGUGCUGCUGUGAGCAGAAACUACACUUGUGCGAGGACAGCGCCGAGUCCACGCACCGACACUCGCCGAAACACGGGAGGAAGGAGCCGCAUAAGCGAUCGUGUUCCCAGGACGACCACGACUGGGUAACGGUCUGCCCGACAGGCUGUUACACCUCCUGCAAGUGCGGCACCUUAGCCAAGACUGCCAUCUUCCCAGAACCCUUGUUUUCCUGCGCUCAGAAAUCGGGGCUGUGCGGAAUGGACGAGCAGCCGAGGAAAUGCUUCUUGCAAAGGACCAGCAUGUUUGAGGUGGAGGAGCGAGGGACGGGCCCCUACAUUAGACCCUUCCCUCUCUGCAGCCUACGAGACCGCAACCGGCCCCACGCCACCAGGAGCCCGCGGGAUGCGGCCGCGUCGUCGCCCAAGAUGAAGGGGGGCUGCAGCCUGUUUGGUAUGGGAGCUCACAGGGACGAGGAGCCGCCGGGCGGCUGCAGGGACAUGGGCGGCUGCAUGGAAAUGAGCGGCUGCAGGGAGAUGGGGGGAUGCAGGGAGAUGAGCGGCUGCAGGGAGAUGGGGGGGUGCAGGGAGAUGGGCGGUUGCAGGGAGAUGGGGGGCUGCAGGGAGAUGGGCGGCCAGGUCAAGUGCAGCAGCCCGUGCGACGACCUGUAUGUCCGGGAGAAGGAUGAUCUGGGGACCACCUGCCUGUCCUACAAGCCGUCUGUCCUGCAGUCGGGAAUGUUGGCGUCGGCAGAAGAUGAAUGCUGCGCCUCGUCCAAGACGCAGCAGGAAUGUCAUCUUCAGAAGCCCGGGAGGUGCGACUGUGGCUACUGUGGUCACGGCGGCGGAUGCAACGAGCGGCGGGCGGCACCCAGAGCGGGCCGGCAGCAAUGCGGUGGCGGCGGCGGCGUGUGUUUGGGCUGCGGGGCUAAGCUGGCUGGCGGCGCCACCUUCCCCAGAGGCGACACGUCCUGGCUGAGUUCGGCCACCCAGAGCAAGCAGAAGGAGUGCCAGGCCCGGCGGCCGCACAGGAACAAGUGCUUUAUGCAGAGGCACCAGAAGCAGGAAGCCGAUUGCGAGCACAACAGCCCCUUCAGGGAGGACUCGUCGUGGCUGAAUGGACAGUUGUCCUGUCAGCACCAGUGUGGCACGCGGUGCAAGUCACAGUCGACACCGGAGAGAGCCCUGUGUUCGCAGUGCUCGGACGACAACAGUGGCCUGAUGAGCAUCAGACAGGGAGACUGCCACGCCUCCACCUGCCGGAACACUGGAGCCUCGGCACCCAAUAUCUGCUCCUUACCCCAGUGGCCAAGGCACCUACUCCUGCAGAACAGCGGGGCUCAGGCCUCCACAACAGUAACCUCACAGAGCUGUAACGGACACGGCACCUCAGCCUUCUCUGGACAUUAAAGCAUCGUGUCUGUCUCACCUUCUUAUGAAGAGCUGGUAGAAAUGAGAAGUAAUUAAAGCUUGGUAAAAGAGUGA